UAAAUGUUUAUACAAAAAUGUUCAUAAUUUUUAAAUAUGUGCACUUAUUUUUACUUAAACAAUAUGCAAAUAUGAAUUAGGCGUUUAAUAUAACCUCUAGGUGUGAUAGAAUCAAGUUUGAUUUAUUGAUUCAACAGAAAUGUUAAAGGCAAAGUUGUUUACUUAAUAUUUUUGUAAAAGAAAUGUUUAAUAUUAAAAAACAUGGUACUCAGCACAGAGUGGUCCCAAGUAGAAGUAAUUGAUCUUGUAAAUGACGGUUCUGGUCUUGGAUUUGGUAUAGUAGGAGGCCGGAGUACAGGAGUUGUUAUAAAGUCGAUUCUUCCGGGUGGUAUAGCCGAUAAAGAUAGUCGGCUUCAAAGCGGAGAUCAUAUUCUUCAAAUAGGAGACAUUAAUUUAAGAGGUCUUACUGCAGAUCAAGUUGCCACUGUUUUAAGACAAGCUGGACAUCAGGUAAGAAUGGUAGUGGCUCGAUCUGUAGAACCAACUUCAGAUUUUUUAUUAUACAACUGCUCAGCACCAAUUGUUCCUACUAAGAUAUUAACCGAUCCAGAAGAAUUAGAUAGGCAGUUACUUCAAAAUGGUUAUACAUCAUCUUUCUUUCAAUAUGCAGAAGCAUUGCAGCAGGUUGUGAAAAGUGAAUCAAUUCAAGACCAACUAGAAUUAUCUCUAAAGACUUUAACUGCAAACGGUUUGACUGAAAAAAUUCCCAGUGAAAAAGCUACUCCAACUUCCUUUAACGGAUUGUCGCCAGUAGAUGUGUGUCCGACAAAACAGGGAAUACUCGCAGUUGUUACUCCAACUACUCCCAUUAUUCCAAUUACUCCAGUUACUCCAUUGACACCAGUUACUCCUAUUGAGGUUGAUAAUCAUAGUUCAGAUACUGAAUCAGAAACAGAGCAAAUAGUUGUUAAAUUGGUAAAGGAUGACUAUGGAUUAGGUAUAACAAUAGCUGGAUAUGUUUGUGAAAAAGAAGCGCUGAACGGAAUAUUCGUGAAAAGCCUCCAUGAACAAUCCGAAGCCUUUAAAUGCGGCAAAAUCAAGGUAAACGAUCGAAUUAUCGAAGUCGACGGAACAUCUUUAGAAAACUGUACAAAUCAUGAAGCUGUUAAGAAACUCAAAGAAACGGGCGAUGAGGUGAAUAUUACUUUUGAAAGGUACCUCAGUGGUCCGAAGUACGAGCAAUUACAAGAGGCGAUCGCUGAUAGAGAGAGGAAUAAAGAAAUUAGUCCUGCCUCACCAUCGGUAACGUUAAGUUGGAUUCCUAUAGAUAAUACAGAAGUUAAGGACGAUCCCGAUAUAUCAUCUCUUAAUAGUAUAAAUAGCGUCACCUCUGAUCAAAAUCCAGAAACGAGGGAGAUAUUUAUAGAAGAAAAUUUCGAAGCGAAUCUGGAAGAAGAUCUUGAAACAGUUAUUAAAUAUAAAUGGCAAGGUCUUAUUGGCGACGAAGCUGAUAUAGUGGUUGCUAACUUAACAAAAUUAAAAGGAUUAGGGAUAAGCUUGGAAGGUACGGUUGAUGUGGAAGGAGGAAUAGAGCUACGACCGCAUCAUUACAUUAGAUCUAUAUUACCCGAAGGACCUGUAGGUCAAAAUGGUAAGCUUCGACCCGGAGAUGAACUUUUAGAAGUAAAUGGGCAGAAAUUGCUGGGUAUACGACACGUAGAAGUAGUGAAGAUAUUGAGGGAACUUCCGAACGCGGUACGGCUCGUCUGUUCGAGGGAACAUAAAAACAACAGGGUGAUAAAUACUUCUCAAGACAGAGAAGCAUUCGAAGCUAGGAAUAUACUGGGCGGUAGCUUGAAAAACCUUCUACUCCAACCAGAACAAAAGUUGUUAAAAGCAUUAAGUGAUACUAGUCUUAAUACUUCCAGUUCUGUAACUACAGUUACAGAGGACUCCAGUCUACAAAAAGCAAAAUCUCGUUCACUAGAAGUAACCAAUGUAGCGAUGUGGUCGGAAGAAAUAGAAUACAUUGACCUGAAAAAAACGGACAGAGGUCUGGGCUUUUCAAUAUUAGAUUACCAAGAUCCGUUGGAUCCCAGAUCCACCGUUAUCGUAGUGAGAAGUUUAGUACCGCACGGUGCUGCCGAACAAAAUGGAAAGUUAACUCCAGGAGACAGGCUGAUCAGCGUCAAUGGAAUAGUUAUUAAAAAUGUCACAUUAGAUCAAGCGGUGCAAGUACUAAAAGGUGCACCUUUGGGUCCUGUACAAUUAGGUAUUUCUAAGCCUUUAUCUAGUCGUAAAAACAGCGAUACUAUAAGUAGUCUGAGUGGAGCAUCCUAAGACGCUAGGAAAACAUAACGG